CUUCACUCACAUUGACUCCAAUGGAUCGACUCGCUCUCCUGUUCCUCUUCUUUGCUUCUCUCUUAUCUGGUGGGGUUGCGUUCUCUUUGACCGUGAUCUCCAGUGAGGUCGAAACUGAUGAGCCUCUGAUCAGGCAAGUCGUCCCGGAGGCCGAGGAGGAGGGUUUCCUUGACGCGGAGAACCACUUCACACUUUUCAAGUCGAAAUUCGGCAAGACUUACGCGACGGAGGAGGAGCACCAGUACCGUUAUGGCGUCUUCAAGGCUAACCUGCGCAGAGCCAGGCGACACCAGAAGCUGGACCCGUCCGCCGUCCACGGGGUCACGAAAUUCUCUGACCUAACUCCGGCGGAGUUCAGACGCCAGUUUCUUGGCUUGAAGAAGCUCCGUCUCCCAGCCGAUGCUCAAAAGGCUCCGAUCCUGCCAACGAAUGACCUUCCGACGGACUUUGAUUGGCGCGAUCGGGGUGCCGUUACCGGCGUCAAGGAUCAGGGCUCGUGUGGGUCGUGCUGGUCGUUUAGUACUACGGGAGCCUUGGAGGGAGCACAUUUUCUGGCGACAGGGGAGCUCGUGAGCUUGAGCGAGCAGCAGUUUGUGGAUUGCGACCACGAGUGUGAUCCAGCGGAAUAUGGUGCGUGCGACUCUGGUUGUAAUGGUGGGCUAAUGAAUACUGCCUUUGAGUAUGCAAUCAAAGUAGGGGGAGUCCAGCGUGAGGCAGACUAUCCUUACACAGGGACUGACCGUGGUCCUUGCAAAUUUGACAAAAGUAAAGUUGUAGCUGCUGUAUCUAACUUCAGUGUUGUCUCUGCUGAUGAAGAUCAAAUGGCUGCAAAUUUGGUGAAAAAUGGUCCACUUGCAGUGGCAAUCAAUGCAGUUUACAUGCAGACAUACAUGGGUGGAGUUUCAUGCCCAUAUAUUUGCGCAAAGCACCAGGAUCACGGAGUGCUGCUUGUGGGUUAUGGUGCCGCUGGUUAUUCUCCUAUACGGUUUAAGAAUAAGCCUUACUGGAUCAUCAAGAACUCGUGGGGUGAAAACUGGGGAGAGAAUGGGUAUUACAAAAUCUGCAGAGCUAAUCGCAAUUUAUGUGGGAUGGACGCCAUGGUUUCUACUGUGGCUGCUCAUUAGUAGACUAUACGUUCAGGGUAGCAUGCUGGACUGAUGGAUUAUGUAUAUGUUUAUGCAGGUAAUUAUGUUUGUCACACUUGAAUGUUAAAUUUGGUGUCUAUUUUAUUUAAGUCGAGACUACUAGAAACCUCUUAGUAUGUUUGAUUUGCGUAAUUUGGUAUUGUGUGUUUAUGAAUGGCCAUAUUUAGUAUACAUUGGGAUGCAUGUAAACUAACAGCAUGUCCGUCAAUCUAUUAUUUUAUGGUGAUGGUCGCAAUCAUCUGCGGCUUUCUUGUCUGUUCA